AUGCAGAGAGCUGGAGGCGGGGGUGCCCCCGGGGGCAGUGGCGGGGGCAGUGGUGGGGGCCCGGGCACUGCCUUCUCCAUCGACUCCCUGAUCGGGCCGCCGCCGCCUCGCUCGGGCCACUUGCUCUACACCGGCUACCCCAUGUUCAUGCCCUACCGGCCGCUAGUGCUGCCGCAGGCGCUGGCCCCUGCGCCGCUGCCGGCUGGCCUCCCGCCUCUCGCCCCACUAGCCUCCUUUGCCGGCCGCCUUACCAACACCUUCUGCGCGGGACUGGGCCAGGCCGUGCCCUCGAUGGUGGCGCUGACCACCGCACUGCCCAGCUUCGCGGAGCCGCCCGACGCCUUCUACGGGCCCCAGGAGCUCGCCGCUGCCGCCGCCGCCGCCGCCGCCCGGAACAACCCCGAGCCGGGCGGCCGACGCCCGGAGGGCGGGCUGGAAGCCGACGAGCUGCUGCCCGCCCGGGACAAAGUGGCAGAGCCCCCACCGCCCCCGCCUGCGCACUUCUCAGCGACUUUCCCAAGUCUGCCGGCAGAGGGGAAGGUGUACAGCUCAGAUGAGGAGAAGCUGGAGGCACCAGCAGGAGACCCAGCAGGCAGCGAACAGGAGGAAGAGGGCUCAGGCGGUGACAGCGACGAGGAUGGUUUCCUGGACAGUUCUGCAGGGGCCCCCGGGGCUCUCCUGGGACCUGAACCGAAGCUCAAGGGAGGCCUGGGGACUGGAGCGGAGGAGGGGGCACCCGUGGCAGCGGGAGUCACGGCUCCUGGGGGCAAGAGCCGACGGCGCCGCACGGCAUUUACCAGCGAGCAGCUUUUGGAGUUGGAGAAGGAGUUUCACUGCAAGAAAUACCUGAGCUUGACAGAGCGUUCCCAGAUCGCCCACGCCCUCAAGCUCAGUGAGGUGCAGGUCAAGAUCUGGUUUCAGAAUCGGCGGGCCAAGUGGAAGCGCAUCAAAGCUGGCAAUGUGAGCAGCCGUUCCGGGGAGCCCGUGAGAAACCCCAAGAUCGUCGUACCCAUACCGGUGCAUGUCAACAGGUUUGCCGUACGGAGCCAGCACCAGCAAAUGGAACAGGGGGCCCGGCCCUGA